AUGGACAAAGGUGGUUUGGAGACAGGCAACAAUGUAACAUAUAAAUUCUCAUUCUUGCAACAAUCUUUAGUCAUUUUCUUCUUUUGGGUAUUAUUGAUUUUGAUUAUAGUUAAAGAAAGUUUUGAUCUUUAUGCAAUUCUUGAUAGUUUGGUUUAUAGUUUUGGUGGGGUUUGUUUUGCUGUUGAAUUCUUGAUGAAUGGGAAAGGACUUGUUGGUCUUAGUGGUGAUAUGUAUGGACAUUUGGGUGAAUUAGCAUUUGUUUGUGCUGGGACUUGGGUUUUGCAAGUUGGGUUGUUGUAUACUGAUGUGUUUUCUUUAGAGGGAUGUGAGAGUCUUUUGGUGGGGUUAGCUAAGGGAAAGAAUGAUGUUAAAUGUGAUCUUGAGGAGAAUAAGUUGAGGGGAACUGCAUUGAUGGAUCUGUUGUUUAUAGUACAUGUUAUUGUGGUGAUGAUUAUGAGCUUCGGGUUGUUUGCGUUGUUGAAUCGGAACAAGAGGAUGAGAUGUGGCGAUACAAGUGGACCGUUGCUAGCACAGGUUGGAUCAGAGGGUGUGUUGAUGCGUCCGCUUCCUGAAUUAGAGUUAGAAUGA